AUGUCUUCCAACAAUGUUGAAGUGUUUAUCCCCAUGUCAGAAGGCAACACCAAUGGCCUGCCUGGGACGACCUCCGACAACUUGAAGAUGUCCCCGGAAGGCGCCGUGUUGAGUUUUCAUAACAUCUGCUAUCGAGUAAAAAUUAAGAGUGGCUUUCUACCUUGUCGAAAACCAGUUGAGAAAGAAAUACUUUCCAAUAUCAAUGGGAUCAUGAAACCUGGCCUUAAUGCCAUCCUGGGACCCACAGGUGGAGGCAAAUCUUCACUUUUGGAUGUCUUAGCUGCAAGGAAAGACCCACAUGGGUUGUCGGGAGACGUUCUGAUAAAUGGAUCACCCCGACCUGCCAACUUCAAAUGUAAUUCAGGUUACGUGGUGCAGGAUGACGUCGUGAUGGGCACUCUGACGGUGAGAGAAAAUUUACAGUUCUCAGCAGCUCUUCGGCUUCCAACAACUAUGUCAAACAGUGAAAAAAAUGGACGGAUCAACAAGGUCAUUCAAGAGUUGGGUCUGGAUAAAGUGGCAGAUUCCAAGGUUGGAACUCAGUUUAUCCGCGGUGUGUCUGGAGGAGAAAGGAAAAGGACUAGCAUAGGGAUGGAGCUGAUUACUGAUCCUUCCAUCUUGUUCCUGGAUGAGCCCACAACUGGCUUAGACUCGAGCACGGCCAAUGCUGUCCUAUUGCUCCUAAAGAGGAUGUCUAAGCAAGGACGAACAAUCAUCUUCUCCAUCCAUCAGCCUCGAUAUUCCAUCUUCAAGUUGUUUGAUAGCCUCACCUUGUUGGCCUCAGGAAGACUCAUGUUCCACGGGCCUGCUCAGGAGGCCUUGGGGUACUUUGCAUCAGCAGGUUACCACUGUGAGUCCUAUAACAACCCUGCGGACUUCUUCCUGGACGUCAUUAAUGGAGACUCCUCGGCUGUGGUCUUAAACAGAGAGGAAAACUGUGAAGACACGAUGACCGUGAACUCUUCCAAGAGAGACAAGCCACUCAUAGAAAAAUUUGCUGAGUUUUAUGUUGACUCUUCCUACUACAGAGAGACUAAAGCUGAACUAAGUCAAGUUUCAGGGAACCAGAAAAAGAAGAAGACCACAGUGUUCAAGGAGGUCACCUACGCUACUUCCUUCUGCCACCAGCUCCGAUGGGUUUCCAAGCGGUCAUUCAAGAACUUGUUGGGGAACCCCCAGGCUUCUAUAGCGCAGCUAAUUGUCACAACUAUACUGGGACUGGUUAUAGGUGCCAUUUACUUUGGGCUCAAACAUGAUUCUACUGGAAUUCAGAAUAGAGCUGGGGUUCUCUUCUUCCUGACAACCAACCAGUGUUUCAGCAGCGUGUCAGCUGUGGAACUCUUUGUGGUCGAGAAGAAGCUCUUUAUACAUGAAUAUAUCAGCGGAUACUACAGAGUGUCAUCUUAUUUCUUUGGGAAACUGUUAUCUGAUUUAUUACCCAUGAGGAUGCUACCAAGUAUUAUAUUUACCUGUAUAAUCUACUUCAUGUUAGGAUUGAAGCCCACGGCAGACGCCUUCUUCAUCAUGAUAUUUACACUGAUGAUGGUGGCUUACGCAGCCAGUUCUAUGGGGCUGGCCAUUGCCGCAGGCCAAAGCGUGGUUUCCGUGGCGACGCUUCUCAUGACCAUCACUUUUGUAUUUAUGAUGAUUUUCUCAGGGCUGUUGGUAAAUCUCACAACCAUCGCAUCCUGGCUGUCGUGGCUUCAGUACUUCAGCAUUCCGCGAUACGGCUUCACGGCUUUGCAGCAUAAUGAAUUUUUGGGACAAAACUUCUGCCCAGGACUCAAUUCAACAGCAAACCUCACCUGUGUCUUUGCAAUAUGUACUGGUGAAGAACAUUUGAUAAACCAGGGCAUCGACCUCUCACUCUGGGGCUUGUGGAAGAAUCAUGUGGCCUUGGCGUGUAUGAUUGUAAUCUUCCUCACAAUUGCCUACCUAAAAUUGUUAUUCCUUAAAAAAUAUUCUUAAAUCCCCCUUUCACUUACUAUGAUUUAUUUCUACAUAAAAAAGGAGUGCCCUGAUUUAUU